AAUAGAUGCCAUGUGACGCCAAUAGCUAAUGGACGCCAACUAGGAGUUUGGUUCAAUUCAAUUCAGUUCAGUUCGGUUUCAUACAGUUGUAAGUGAUUCCAUGUGAAAAGUGUAGUGUAACAGAAUCCUUUAAUGUACUAGACGAAUUCGGUAUUAGUAUUAGAAAUGGGACGCAGCUCAUCUUGCGAUCAUAGAUCGGAUAAACGGCGAAAAUAUCUAGAUCGUCGUGAGUCUCGCGUUAGUGGAAAAAUUGAAGCAGAACGGGAAGACCGCAGACGUAGAUGGUUAAAACAGCGAGAAGAAGAAAUGAUGCAUGAACUGUACAAAGAGAAAAUGAUUCUUCGAUACGAGAUUCAAAGAGCUCGUGAGAAAGAACGAGCAGAUUCUGAGCGGGAUACAUCUGUGUCGCAGGCUGGCUCUAGUAGAAAUAUCCAAAAUUAUAAAAGCCAAUCGUUACACAGUUUGACUAAAUCAGACAAACCACAAACGCCACCAAAAACUACAAUUAUGUCUGAAAAACUAGAAUCUCCGAAUGGGAAUAGAUCUUUGUUCCAGGGCCCUGAAGGUACAUGUAUUAGUGCUCUACAAUUAAAGUGUAUAAAGGUCAAUAUUCAACGAAGCUUACCAUCAACGGAAGUUACUAUUAAACAACUGCAACGUGACAUUGUGAAUCCUGAGGAUAUCAUAUUGAAAAGGCGAGAGGGAGAAGGAUCUAAACCGAUCUUUGAACGAGACGAACUAAAGCAGGCGGAAAGUAACACUAGUGACGUAGAAGAGCGCCGCAGAGUUAUUGCCGUGUUCACGGAGCACGUUGAAAGGUCACGCUCCCCGAAACGACCCAGAGUCUCUCUAAGCUCAUCAAGAACGUUUAGUCGCAGUCCUCAACGCAUGUCGUUCGAGCACAAUUUUAGGCGGGGAGAAGGUAAACACCACUGCGACGAAACGGGACACCGGAAUUGUCAAAAGGAAAGCAAGAGUGCUGAGGAGUACAAAGAGAAAAAUCUUAAAGCUGCCGAAUCGCCACUACGUAAAACCAAAUAUGAACGUUCUCACUCGAAGGAAGGCGAGGAGAGGCUGGAUAAACGAGAACGAGAACGCCGGCAAUCUACUGAUGUUUAUCAUUACAGAUCUUCCCGAGACGGAACUACAUCGUAUAGGUCUCAUCAAAGAAGAUCAAGAGAAUUUUCAAGUGAGAGACGCGAGAGAAUGACGGAGAGAGAGAGAGAUGAAGCUAUGAAGAGAAGAUUUUUGCCAGGCCAGCACUAUUUUGAACAAGUAGCUGUGCCAUUUUGCUACGGGAGCUACCAUCCGCCUUACCAUCCAAACUUCCAUCCGAAUUAUGCGAUGAUGCCACCUCGUGGACAAAUCCCAUUGUUGAGAGGCAGGUUUCCUCCAGGUGCCAGAAACGGUAGAGCACUACCGUGUCCACCCCGCUUUAUAACGCAGAAUGCUUACAGAAUGGAGCCUAUUGCCAAUCCAAGAUUCCAUCGGAUGUUUUAAAUGGGGCAUGGAUAAACAACACGACUUUCUAUCUUUGUAAUUUUUAGUUUCUUUGUAAAUAAUUUCAUUGAAAAUACAUAUAUGGAGCCUUAA